UCAGCAUCAAUGCUACAAACUAAACAUACUACUUAAACCCGUGCCCACCACAGUCACGCCGGCGCCGGUUUAUUAUAUAUUAAUCCCUCAUACUCGGAUUUUCUUCAUAACUUUUUAUACUCUCGCGACGACAAGUACUCAGCUUCUUGUGAAAGUAUCCAUGAUAUUUAAAAAAAAUAAAUGAUGCAUAGGACAGAAUUAACAUGUAAUCUAUCAUCGCCGGAGAUAGGUCGAGUAAAAACACCAGCGAUGACUAAUUCCCACAUUCCGGUCCCAAAACCGUUCGGCGUUCCCAAUAAAUCAACACUCCACUCGUCAACAAAGCGUGGAAAUUUAAAUACUGCGGACAACAAAGCCCCGCAGAGUCCAACGCUCCAGAGAAUGACCUCGGUUGCCGCUCAAAGGGCCUCUUUCGAACGGUUGGACGCCUCAGCAGCCUCAGCAUCACCAAAAAUUAAUCGAUUUCAUGAUCUGAACUCUCCACUAAGCAAUUUUCAAACUAAAGACAACGGACAGCAGUUUCCAAUUAAAAAAAUUGUCAGCAAUUCGCGUUACAAUGGCAGCAGUAAUAAUAAUAACAAUAAUUUGAACCUUGAAGUCAAUUGGAAGUUGAAGUACGAGGAGUCUGAAAGGAAACGUAAAGUUUUGUUACAAAAAUCUGAGACAGUUAGUCGAGAACACGGCGACCUAGAGAAAAAACACCGACAAUUAUUACGUGAAAAUAGUGCACUGCAGUCACAAAAUCGUGAUAAGGAUGAACAAUUACAGAAACUCCGUACCGUGUCAGAGGCUGUAUGUAAAGAAUACGAACAACUUAAACGUCAAUAUGACGUUGAGACAGGUGCAAUGCACAAAGCAAUGCAACAGGCAUCGCAAUGGUACAAACAAAACCGUCAAUUGAAAAGAAGGUCACAAGUACUUGUUCAGAGGAUCCUUGACUCACGCCCUGAUGCACUGGCAGAUGACUCAUAUCUUUCUGAUGAGGUUGACGCUAACGAUGCGGAUGAUGCUGAAGAACUGCGUCAAACUAUUACAGAAUUGAGUGCCGAAGUUGCGAGACUGCAAACUGAAUUAAAUGCAGCAAGACUCCAAGAAUUUGAAGCACAGGAACAAGCGGCGCUGACGAAUGCUCGUUUGGAGGAUGAAAAAGAAAUAAGUGAUAAAAACAAUGAAGUAAUCAAACAGUUGACGAUUCACAAAGAGAAUAUGGAACGCGUAUCGCGUAUGGUUGCUGAAGAAGUCCAAGCUCUGAAGGCGCAAUGCGACCGGGAGAGAGAGAGCGCAAAACUGAUGAAAAUUGAAGCCGAUAGAAUACAAAAAGAACGUAAUGUUCUGGCGCACCAAAGUGCUCUGCUGAUGGCAGAAGUAGGCGACGAUCCGAACGGACGAUUGCUGACGGUCCUUCAAGAAGUUGAGUCACUUAAGCGGCUACUGGAGGAAGAGAAACAAGAGCACUUGGAGCAGAUACAGCUACUGCAGGAUAAACUUGAUGAAAAGGAAUCAAAUGUCGAGUUUGAAAUUGUUGAAGAGAAGCUUAAAUUAGCUGAAGUUGAGCUCAAUAUGAUGCAGGAACGAGCAGAACGGGCUGAAAAAGACGUUUUGAAGCUUCAAGAGAUUGUUAGAAAGUUAGAAGACAAGAUUAAUCAAUUAGAAACAAUGAGUCUAUCGCCACCACCACCACCACCAAUGCCGGCUCCGUUACCUCCUCCACCGCCACCACUUCCAAGUACGUCACGUACUUCAACUGUCGUUAAAUUGCUAACAAAAGAACGUCUUCAAGAAGAACAGAAUAGACAUUCAGCUAUUGUUGACAUGGAAAAUAUGCUCGGUAUUUCUAAGAAAUCUGUUACGGCUGUACCUCAACAACCUGCUAUUGACGACAUAAUAAAUCAAAUAAAAGGUGGGAGGUUUACUUUGAAGCAAACAGACAAACAACGAGAAGAAGAGAGAAAGCGUAAGCGAGAGAUGGAAAGCGCUCCGGCAGCAGUCUCUGAGAUGUUGAACAUCCUCGGUACAAUGAGACGACGAGCUAAGCCAGUAAGACAGUCGAUUAACUCUUCCGAGCUGGCCAGCUCCCAUGACAAAGGCGCACAAUAAUUA